AUGCGCUCUCUCAAACGAACAUCGCGGCGACUCCGCACCCCUCUCCUCUUCGCUGCCUCCAGCGCUCCCUCCUCUUCCGCAUCUUCUCCCUCCGCCGCUCUCCUCCAGCGUCAAUCAUGUCGGUCAAUAACCACCCAACCCACCGUAGAACCCAUCAAAAGCCUCCUCAUCGCCAACCGCGGCGAGAUCGCCCUGCGCAUCGCCCGCACCGCCGCCGACAUGGGUAUCCGCACGACGACGCUCUACACCGACGUCGAUGCGGCCUCGCAGCACGCGCGGUGUUCCCCGCGCGCCAUCGCUCUCGGCCCGGCGUCCUCUGCCUACCUGGACGGUCCCCGCAUCGUCCAGCUGGCCCAGCAGCACGGCAUCCAGGCGCUGCACCCGGGAUACGGGUUCCUGUCGGAGAACGCGGCGUUUGCGCGGGCGUGCGAGGAGGCCGGGAUCGUGUUUGUGGGCCCGCCUGCGACGGCGAUGGCGGAUAUGGGCGAUAAGGCGAGGAGUAAGGAGAUCAUGACGGCUGCGGGCGUGCCGUGCGUGCCGGGGUACCAUGGGCCUGAGCAGACGCCGGCGCAGUUGCGGGCGAGGGCGCAAGAGAUCAAGUACCCCGUGUUGUUGAAGAGUGUGAAGGGAGGGGGUGGUAAGGGUAUGCGGAUUGUGAAGACAGACGAGGAGUUUGAGGCACAGCUGCGGAGUGCUCGGGCCGAAGCGCGGGCGAGCUUUGGAGAUGGUGGAGAGGUGAUGCUGGUGGAAAAGUACGUGGUGCGGCCGAGGCAUGUUGAAGUUCAGGUGUUUGCGGACAAGUACGGGAACUGUGUCGCUCUUGGCGAGCGAGACUGUUCCGUGCAACGCCGGCAUCAGAAGAUUCUCGAGGAGAGCCCGGCGCCGCUCCUGGACGAUGCCACACGGCACGAUCUCUGGGAUAAGGCGCGGACAGCGGCGCUGGCCGUCGGUUAUGUCGGAGCGGGCACAGUCGAGUUCAUCCUCGACAAGGACACGGGCGAGUUCUACUUCAUGGAGAUGAACACACGCUUGCAGGUCGAGCACCCGGUCAGCGAGAUGGUCACUGGCACGGACUUGGUGGAAUGGCAGUUCCGCGUGGCCGCUGGUGAACAUCUCCCCCUGACGCAGGACCAAAUCGAGGCCCGCAUCCUUGAGCGCGGUGCGGCCAUCGAGGCCCGUAUCUACGCCGAGAACCCGGACAAGGGCUUCUUCCCCGACUCGGGCAAGCUCAUCCACCUGGUUACACCACCCACCAGCGCUGACGUGCGCAUUGAUGCCGGCUUCGUCCAGGGCGACACCGUGUCGGAGGCGUAUGAUGGCAUGAUCGCUAAGCUGAUCGUUCGGGGCCGCGAUCGUGAGACAGCGAUCCGCCGCAUGGAGCUCGCCUUGCGCGAAUAUGAGGUUGUCGGUCUGAGCACCAACAUCGAGUUCCUCAAGCGCUUGUGCCGCAGCCCGGCCUUUGUCGCGGGCGAUGUUGAGACCGGCUUCAUCGACCAGUGGCGCGACGAGCUAUUCAAGCCCAAGCCCGUUGCAGAUGAGGUCUUUGCCCAGGCUGCACUUGGUCUACUCAUCCAAUCCAAUACCCACAGCAACGUCGCACCGGGGCCACACGGGGGCACACUCGGGUUCGGCGAGCAGGGGUUGCAGACACGACGCCAGUUUACUCUACAAGUCCGCAACGACGCCCCUGCGGAGGAGGGCAGUGAGCCAGAGGUGGCUAAGGUGGACGUCGCCCAACAAGGAGACGGGCGCUACAGCGUGUCGGUUGCGCGGAAUGGCAGUCAAACGCCAGUGGUGUUUGAGAAUGUCAUCUCCCGGCCGUCAUCUUCUCCCUCCUCAUCCUCCACCGCGCUCAUAUCCAAGUCAGCACCAACAACAACAACAACAAAAAUAACAUCUCACCUCCCCCUUGCCCGAGUCGAGUCAAUAGUGGUUCAAGACCCGGCCAACCCGGAGAAGUUGACUAUCUUCCAACUGGGCGAGAAGACGGAGCUGGAGCUGGUCAACCCGGCGUGGUUUGAGAAGGCGCUGGGACUGAAGGAGGUCGUGGGCAGCGUGGUGGCGCCGAUGCCGUGUAAGAUUUUGCGCAAUGAGGUUGGUGAGGGCGAGGCGGUGGAAAAGGGAGCGCCUUUGGUUGUCAUCGAGUCCAUGAAGAUGGAGACGGUCAUCCGCUCACCGCAAAAGGGCGUUGUUAAGAAGUUGGCGCAUAAGGAAGGGGAUAUCUGCAAGGCUGGAACGGUACUGGUGGUAUUUGAAGAUGCCGAGGGCGAGACAGCGGAAUGA